AUGAAGUCGACAAUAUUACUCGCCUUGGCGGCUUCGCUUCUGUCCGUCGACGGACUGGUACUCAGGAAGAGCGAGAGUAGUGCACCGAAGGUAGUAGGUCUGGAUCUGCACAGAGCGACAAUACCGUACACCCGCAACAAAAGAGAUGUGCUGCGGAAGAGAGGUUCUGUAUUAGCCACUAUGGACAACUUAGAAACUUUGUACUUCGUCAAUGGCUCCCUCGGAACACCAGCGCAACCAAUGAGGUUACACCUCGACACGGGCAGCAGUGAUCUUUGGGUUAACACCGCCAGCUCGAGCCUCUGCCAAGGCCAAGGCUCGCCGUGUUCGGUGUCGGGAACUUACUCAGCCAACGAUUCGUCAACUUACAAAUAUGUCGGAAGCUGGUUCAACAUCUCGUACGUCGACGGGUCGGGAGCGAGCGGAGACUACGUGACCGACACGUUCACCAUCGGCGGAUCCACCUUGACCGACUUCCAGUUUGGUAUCGGCUACACGAGCUCCUCAGCUCAGGGUAUCUUGGGUGUGGGCUACAAGGUCAACGAAGUACAGGUCGGACGUGCCGGUAUGGCAGCCUACGACAACCUCCCUGCGAAAAUGGUGUCCGAGGGCCUCAUCCAGUCAAGCGCCUUCAGCCUGUGGCUGAACGAUCUGGAUGCUAGUAAGGGGAGCAUCCUCUUUGGGGGAGUCGACACCGAUCAUUUCGAGGGCGAGCUGAAGACGGUGCCCAUCCAGAAGGAGUCUGGCACCUUUGCCGAGUUUCUCAUCACCCUGACGAAGGUGACGCUUGGCUCAAAAACUUUGGAAGACAACAUGGCUCUGGCUGUGCUGCUCGACUCAGGCUCUUCCCUCACCUACCUUCCCGACGACAUGGUUACGACUAUUUUUUCCAUGGUCGGCGCCGUUUACCAGCAAGAAGAAGGCGUCGCCUUUAUCCCCUGCUCCACUGCUAACACUGGCGCCAACAUGACAUUUACCUUUUCAGAAGCCACCAUCACGGUACCCAUCGACGAACUGGUUCUCGAUCUCGUUGCUAUCACAGGCAAGCGUACUUCGUUCUCCAAUGGUGUGCAGGCUUGCCUUUUCGGUAUUGCUCCGGCCGGCGAUGGCACCAACGUUCUCGGCGACACGUUCCUGCGCUCCGCAUACGUGGUCUAUGACAUUGACAACAACGAAGUCUCCCUGGCGCAGACGAAGUACAACGCCACGAGCUCCAAUGUACUCGAAAUCGGCAAGGGUAGCGGAUCCGUACCAUCCGCCGUUGCCGUCGCAAGCCCCGUAACUGCCACCGACGGUCUCGUGCGAGGAGGAGGAGGGGUAGGAAGUGGAAGCGGAUCAUCAUCACAAAACGCGGCCCCUUCAAUGACGCCAUUGGCGGCGUCAUUACUUGCGGGAUCAGUUGCAUUUGCGGCUGGUUUCUCUCUUUACUUUGUCUAA